AUGGCCCUCGCGCAGUCGUCCGUGAAGCACAAUGGUCGGCUAGGAACAUCUGCCGUAUGCGUACUCUACCACGAUCAAUUGCUGGCAGCGUUUUCGAAUGAAGGAAACGGCGCGACGCCAACGGACCCCAUGGGCGUGCCGCGCAACACGUUUUCCAAGGCGACUACCAUGGCGCGCGGCAUGGCGGCCACAAGGCUUGCUUAG